CAGUCUUCCGUCCGCUGACGUCUUGUUUACGUUCGCGCGGAGUUUGGGCAGUAAUUAAACAGAUUGGUGCCGGGCGCGGCGUCGGCCGCCCUGGCGGGCCCCUCAGCCUGCAGUGCCUGCGAGCGCCGCAGCUGAGAGCACACGGACCAGCCCUUUAUCACCACAUUUUGACUCUUUCCACCCUCUUCUCACGUUCUCGCCUUCUCGUGGGAGCCGGUCCAACAAGACCUUCAAGCCGAAGAAGAACAUCCCGGAAGGCACCCACCAGUACGACCUGAUGCGGCACGCGGCGGCCACGCUCGGCUCCGGCAACCUGCGCCUCGCGGUGCUGCUGCCCGAGGGGGAGGACCCCAACGAGUGGAUCGCUGUCAACACCGUGGACUUCUUCAACCAAAUCAACAUGUUGUACGGCACCAUCACGGAGUUCUGCACUGAGGAGGCGUGCGCGGUGAUGUCCGCCGGCCCCAAGUACGAGUACCACUGGGCGGACGGGCUGGCCGUCAAGAAACCCAUCAAGUGCUCCGCACCCAAGUACAUCGACUACUUGAUGACCUGGGCACAAGAUCAGCUGGACGAUGAGACGCUCUUCCCUUCUAAGAUAGGAGUUCCGUUCCCGAAGAAUUUCCAGAGCAUCGCGAAGACGAUCCUAAAGAGGCUGUUCCGCGUGUACGCGCACAUCUACCACCAGCACUUCCCCCAGGUGGUGACGCUGGGCGAGGAGGCGCACCUGAACACGUCGUUCAAGCACUUCAUCUUCUUCGUGCAGGAGUUCAGCCUGAUCGAGCGCCGCGAGCUGGCGCCACUGCAGGAGCUCAUCGAGAAGCUCACCGCCAAGGAGGCCCGAUGAGGCUGCCCCGGACUACUCAACCGCCUCAACUCAACUAACACACCCUAAUACCUUGUUGUCUCUUCUCCUAGCUUGUCUAACUUCGCCUGGCUCUGUAAGUGUUGAAAUAACCGUCUAGUUCAGUGGUGGCCAUAAUUUUUUAAUUAGGACCCAAAAUAUUAAGAAAUUCACAUCUACAACUAAGUGAAGUUAGACAUACUAUGCGAGGAGAUGAGGUUUUACGGUACACUUUAUGGCUUUAUUUAAUAAGGUCUAUUUCUUAUGACACUUAUGAAAUAGUUUUAAUUCAGUGUUUUUGAUAAUUGACGGCUUUUGAAUUACGUUUCAUGAAAAAAUCUUAAGUUUUUGUAUAAAUAAAUGUUUUGAAAGAAGACCUUGUCGAUAAACCAUUAAAGUGAAGUUUAAAAGUAAAAUAACCUAAAUAAGGACAUUAGAAAAGAGUGACUUUGUAAGUGCUUUCAGUAACACUUAGAAAAUAUCAAAAAAUAUUAGCAUUAAAAUUUAAAAAACCCUAAAAUACUUCGUCGAAGCGCAGAUUUAUGUAUAAAUUGAUGACCAAUUCGCGGUAUUUGUACAAAAAUUUAAAAUGGCCAGUAUGUACUGUAAUUAUGAUACUGUAUGUUUCUAUGGUUUUACAUUUGAACUAGUUCUAAAGGGUGACAUGUUCUAUUGACACAUACCCUUGUAUUGAAAGAAAUAUUGAUACAAUAACGGAAUCAUUUCAUGACAAUCUGAUUUUAUUUUAAAGUGUGUAAAAUAGAAUUGGGACUUUAAAUUUAAACGGUUCGCUUUAACCCCUAAGCGUAUGUAAAUUAAAAAAAGGAAUAAAAAUAUAUAGGUAGGUAUUUUAGCUUGCAAGCGCUUCGACUCCCACUGCCCAAAAGUUUUGUAAAGUAUUUUUUGUAGUAUGUGCUGUACUCACGUGCUAGAGUAAGGUUUCGAGUGUGCCUCGCGUAGUGCGUAGUGCCGGGCGCUAGCCGCCGGUUCGACCCUUCAGCACUAAACACUACUUGUUUAUUCACAACUAGUCCAAAACUUGUUGAAUGUAUGACCAGCAUUAAUGAGACGACUUGCGAGAUGUUAUUACACAUAUCUCGAUAGAUGUUUUCUGUACUAGUGCUAC